AUGGCUCUGGGCCCAAGGGCUUCUGGGGAUUGGCGUGCGGGCACCGCCAGCAGCCUCCCACCUCUCCUGCUGCAUCCCGAGGCCCCGCCCAGUGGCUGCCGAAGUACGGGAUGUCAAGGCACCACUGUGGCUGAACUAGAACAGCCACCAGGCCAGACGCCACCAGGUGACCGGCACGCUUCCUUCCGCAUGGAGCACGAACAUGUUUCCAUGUGUCCGAGGCAUGGUGCCAUCGUGGUAGGGGCAGCGAUGGCGUUGCUUGUGUUUGAGUGUCUGUUUUGCAUGAAAAUCCAUCUCUUUAAGGGCAAGUUUACGACAUUAUCGUCAUUGGCGCUCAACAUCACCCCCGAGCGCUUCUCCCGGCUGCUGCGCGACCACAACCUGACGCGCGAGCAGUUCAUCGCGCUCUACGGGCUGCGGCCGCUCGUCUACACCCCGGAGCUGCCCGCGCGCGCCAAGCUGGCCUUGGUGCUCACCGGGGUGCUCAUUUUCGCCCUGGCGCUCUUCGGCAACGCGCUGGUGGUCUACGUGGUGACCCGCAGCAAGGCCAUGCGCACGGUCACCAACAUCUUCAUCUGCUCCCUGGCGCUCAGCGACUUGCUCAUCGCCUUCUUCUGCAUCCCGGUCACGAUGCUGCAGAACGUGUCGGACACCUGGCUCGGGGGUGCCUUCAUCUGCAAGUUGCUGCCCUUUGUCCAGUGCACCGCCGUUGUGACGGAGAUCCUCACCAUGACCUGCAUUGCUGUGGAAAGGCACCAGGGACUUGUCCACCCUUUUAAAAUGAAGUGGCAGUACACCAACCAGAGGGCUUUCACAAUGCUAGGUGUGGUCUGGCUGGUGGCGGUCAUCGUGGGCUCCCCCAUGUGGCACGUGCAGCAGCUGCAGAUCAAGUACGACUUCCUGUACGAGAAGGAGCACGUGUGCUGCUUGGAGGAGUGGGCGAGCCCCGCGCACCAGAAGGCCUACGCCACCUUCAUCCUCCUCAUGCUCUUCCUCCUGCCCCUGCUGGUCAUGCUGGUCCUCUACAGCAAAAUCGGCUACGAGCUUUGGGUCAAGAAAAGGGUGGGGGACGGCUCCGUGCUUCGGACUAUUCAUGGGAAGGAAAUGUCCAAGAUCGCCAGGAGGAAGAAGCGAGCCGUGGUUAUGAUGGUCACCGUGGUGGCCCUCUUUGCCGUGUGCUGGGCGCCAUUCCACGUCGUUCACAUGAUGAAUGAGUACGGUGAUUUCGAAAAGGAGCACGAUGAGGUCACCGUCAAGAUGGUCUUUGCCAUCGUGCAAAUCAUCGGCUUUUCCAACUCCAUCUGCAAUCCCAUCGUUUACGCGUUUUUGAACGAGAACUUCAAAAAAAACUUCUUGUCUGCAGUUUGCUGUUGCCUAGUAAAGGAACCCUGCUCCCCAGCGCAGAGGCCUGGGGACUCGGGGGUCACCAUGACGCGGAGGAAGGCAAAGCCAUGUGGGAGGCAGAACCCCGUAGAGGAGACCAGGGCGGAAGCCUUCAGCGGCGGCCACAUCGAGAUCAAGCUGUGCCAGCAGCUGCAGGGCCCCAGGGGCCUCAGGCGCCCGCUGGCCCUCCUCAGCCCCGAGCUCUUGGAGAGUCCUGCUCUGGGCAGUGGGCAUUAAUGGGGUGGCUCCCGGGGUCAGUGUCCUGCAGAUUGCCAUCUCAGGUUAUUUUGAGCCAUGGUCAGAGACUUUAUUUUUAAAAUGAUGGCAAGAAGGAAAAUCAAUUUUUCCAGUUAAACUUACCUUGUACAUGAAGACGCGAUUUUGAAAAAGUAUUAGAGCAUCCUGGUGAUCAUUAAGGUGGUCUUUUAACUGUCGUGUACAAUGACCUUUGUUCAUGGCUAGCGUGUCCCUGAGCAGUCAGUGGACUGUGACUCUCUGUGAAUUGCUGCACCUUCUUCCUUGACCACCAGGUUAACCGGUGGACGCCACGCUGGACUGUUCGUGCCCUGGUGGAGUUGGUGUGGUCUUUUGCACAUGAAGUCUGUGCCAUCAAGUCAAAGAAGAUGGAGAAUCAGCGAGACCCAGGGGCGAUGCCUGUGUUGCCGCUUCUUGUAGCUGUGGAGGGACCACUCUCUGGUGGUGGCUGUCACCUAAACUCUUUGUCUCCCUGUGUUCCCUCCCUACUGCAGUCCCUGGGAGCGCAGUGUGGAGAGGGUGGGAAGGCCCCUGUCCUGAGCUCCUGGGCUCUGCGGCCUGACCCUGCUCUUGUGUCUCAUGUCCCCUGAGGUCUUGCCCUGCACAACUUCCCUGUGUCUGUUUUAUAACUUGUGUCUCUGCUUCAAAGAAGAGUUGGGGGUCCCAUUUGCUGAUGGACUGUGAAGUAUCGAGACCCCUCUAACAGUCUCCACUAGUGUUUCUGCCCCUUAUUUUCACUAGCAGAAUGCAAGACUUUUCCUACAUACAAGAGAUUUUCUGCGUAGGAAGUAGACGAGGGAGGGUCCACACCACGCCUGAGGGAUUUUGCUGUGCCCAAGGCUGACACCCAGAGCUGGGUCAGGUGGGGAAAUGGAGUCCCCAUUCAUGUUCCUUCCCUCAGCCUCCUCGAACCCAAUCACCUUCUCUCCAGAAUUCCGACUCCUGACUGUCGGGAACCCCAGGCCACCAUAGGGCCCCACAUUUCCCCUUUAACGUCUGUGAUUCCCAGAGUCCAGUGUCCGCCUCAUGGCCAAGGAGGCUUUCUGCCCCAGUUUUGCAGCAUCCACUCAUCCAGCGGGGUAAAGGGAAGGAAGGGAAGUCCAGCAACUCUCAGGGCCUUUUAGGAUUUGAGCUUUAGGAUUUGGGAACCAGAGAACCUAGGCCAUUCAAACCCUCGAGUUACCUUUGACUUCAUGUGUCGAAGCAUGUGUGAAAAAGACGAGGAAACCGUGUGGUGGUGGGAGCCCUGCCGAGGAACUAUGGGAAAGUAAAGCAGAGGAGGUGGAUCGCGUGAUUAACUGCCUGUCCUGCCUAGUUGUCCUGUGAAAAGACACUGUCAUUAAACACUGAACCAUGA